AUCACUUCUUGUGCUGAUCUCUAGUUGAUAACGUUUAACUAAACUUCAUUGUAACAUUUAUUUAUUUCUUGCAUAACUUAGAAAAUGAAAUAGUAUUAUUUUAAAGUGAGCACCAGGAUAUUUAUUUUCAAAGUUUUUUCUCUUCAGAGAGUGGACCGCCGGCAACAACAGGAUCUAGAAGUGAAAAGAAAAUGGCGACAAAUGGUGGAGGAGGAGUAGGAGGAGAAGGUGGAGGAGGAGGAGGAGGAGGAGGAGGAGGCCGAGAAGAAUUUGAAGUUAAAGAAGAAGAUGUAGCAGCUCUUAAGCAUUGGUUGUACAAGCAAACGAAUUUGCCUCAAAUUACUGGAGUUGACGAGGAUACAUGGCUGUUGAACUAUCUGAAACUGUGCAAGAACAGACCAAACAAGGCAAAGACAGGCCUGGACCUCUAUUUCAGAUUGAGAGCAAUAAUACCUCAAGUUUUUGAAGACAGAGAUGCAUCCACGCCCGAAAUGGAAUCGUCCUUCGCCAACACUUGUCUGGCCUACCUACCCACCCUGACACCAGAGGGCAACCGCGUGGUGAUCUACACCCAUUUUAACGACGACGUCAGCAAAUUCGAUCCGCUCGCCUUGUCGCGGCGUAUCCUCAUGCUGCUAGACUUGCAACUGAAGCAAGGAAUCACCCACCAGGGAAUCAUAGUUCUCAUGGAUUUGCACAAUAGCCGCAGGGGUCACAUAGCUAGGUAUCCGCUAGCUAUGCUCAAUAAAUUGCUCACUUAUGGAUGGAAAGCGUAUCCAGAACGUCUCGCUGGUGUACAUAUUUUGAAUCCACCGCCGUUUCUAGAAAUGGCACUCAAUAUUUUCAAGCCGUUUCUAAAGGAGAAACUACGUCAGAGGAUAAAAGUUCACAGUAACCUCAAAUCUCUACAUCAAGAGAUUUCCCCAAAAAUUCUGCCGUCUGAAUUUGGAGGUGCUGGUGCAAGUCUCCAAGAAAUAAACAGAAAUUGGCAGAAGAAGAUGAUAGAAGAGAAGGAGUGGUUGGCGGAAGCAGGAAAUCACAAAGUCAAGGAUAUCAAUCACAAUGGAACAAACUUCAACAUGGAGCAUGGAUCCUUCAGGAAACUCAGCAUCGACUAAUCUUUCAAUUCAAAAGUCUAUUUGAAUCAUAUAAAUCUUUGAAAAUGAAGAGAGAAGAGAAAAGUUCCAUAUACUUUAUAGAUUUGGUUUUAUUACUAUCCGAUCACAUCAAUUUUAUUCCAUGUUUAAAUUUCAAUUAAUUUUUAUUCUCAGAUUUGAUAAUGAAUUUCAUUUUCUCAAUAAUUAGAUUGUUUAUUUCAUCCAAUAAAAAAUUAAUAAAUUAGCGUGGACACCGUGAA